CCUCAUCAGCCUUGCAGCGCACAUGCUGAAGGUGGAAGCGGGGCGGAGGAGGACUACGCAGGCGGGCCAGCCCCAACGCCUCUGCUCUGGCCUGUUUCUGCGCGCCACAUGCCAGCAGAAGGCCAUCGGCCACCCGGAGAAAAAAGUCGCCGCAGGGGGCCUCUGGACAGGGACGGCGAAAAAGCGCGCCGCCUCCGAACAGGGGCGGCAAGCGAAGCACGCGACGAAGGCUUUCCGCAAUCUUCGGCGCCUGCGAGUCCUCACCAGGCCCCGGGGUCGUCGAGAAAACGCCUCGGGAUCGAAAGCCGGUCCCGGGGAUGGGGUCCAGACCGCUGGGGGUCCACGCUGUGACAAGAGCACGACGUCGGAGGGCUGGCGUGCUCCCACGGCCGUGCUCGCACGCGGCCAUGGGGCGCCAUCGAUGCACCGACCUGCACCGGCGCUGUGUAGGUUUAUGAUUGCCGCCCUCCGAACUAGUGAUCGUCCGCGGCACAGUCUUAGUGCGACCGCAGCUAGAGACAGCGGGAAAAUGCCAACUCGAGGGGUGCAGCAUACCUUACCUUGUCGCAAGCUAUGCCGCUUGAUGGCCUUGUCGAGCAAAACAUAA